UUCACUUUUAUUAUAUUCAAUUGAUUAAUCCACAAUGGCUUCCAACGACUCAGACAGAGCCUUAAUCAAAGGCGCUUUAGACUUAGAUCCUUGGUUAGAACCAUUCUCACAAGGAUUGAUUUACCGUCAAAAGGAAUUCAGAAGAUGGUAUAAAGAUUUACAAAAUUCCGAAGGUUCAUUACUUAAGUUUGCUGAUUCUUACAAGACUUAUGGUAUUCACGGAAAUCACCAAACUAAGGAAAUUGUUAUUACUCAAUAUAUCCCUGAAGUCGAAGAAGUCUCCUUGGUUGGUGAUUUCAACAAUUGGAACACUGAAACUCACAAAUUGAACAAAGUUAACAAUUUUGGACUUUGGUCUCUUACCAUUCCUCCAGUCAAUGGUCAAUUUGCCAUUGCUCAUGAUUCUAGAUACAAAAUUGCCAUGAAACUUUCUUCUGGUGAACACAUCUAUAGAUUAGAUCCUUGGGCUCACCGUGCUACUCCAAAUGACACUCAUACAGUUUAUGAAGGUAGAUUCUGGAAUCCUGAAACUGAAUAUCAAUUCAAAAACAAGAGACCUCAAAUUCACCUGCCACAAGGUAUUAGAGUUUAUGAAGCCCAUGUUGGUAUUUCUACCCCAGAACCAAAGAUUGGAUCUUACAAGAAUUUCACUCAAAACAUCUUACCAAAAAUCCAUGAAUUGGGUUACAACACCAUUCAAUUGAUGGCUGUUAUGGAACAUGCUUAUUAUGCUUCUUUUGGUUACCAAAUUACUAGUUUCUUUGCUAUUUCUUCCAGAUAUGGAUCGCCAGAAGACUUGAAAGAAUUAAUUGACACUGCCCAUGGAUUGGGUAUUCGUGUUUUACUUGAUGUUGUUCAUUCUCAUGCUUCUAAGAAUGUUGAAGAUGGUUUAAAUAACUUCAAUGGUACUGACCAUUACUUGUUCCAUGGUGGUGCUAGAGGUAACCACGAUUUAUGGGAUUCUCGUUUAUUCAACUAUACCAACCAUGAAACCUUAAGAUUCUUAUUAUCUAACUUGAAAUUCUUCAUUGAUGUUUAUCAAUUUGAUGGUUUCAGAUUUGAUGGGGUCACCAGUAUGCUUUACAAGCACCAUGGUUUAAGUUUUGGUUUCAGCGGUGAUUACAAUGAAUAUUUCAACCCCGACUGGGUUGAUGUUGAAGCUAUUGUCUACUUGAUGUUGGCUCAUCAAAUGAUGGAUGAAAUAAGCUCUCAACAAAGUAUUGAAUUCACUACUAUUGCUGAAGAUGUCUCUGGUAUGCCAACUUUAUGUUUACCAAUUUCCGCUGGUGGGGUUGGUUUCAACUACCGUUUGUCCAUGGCUAUCCCAGAUAUGUGGAUUAAGAUUUUGAAACAUUUAUCUGAUGACCAAUGGGAUCUCCACAAUAUUGUCCACACAUUAACCAACAGACGUCAUGGUGAAAAGUGUAUUGCUUAUGCCGAAUCUCAUGAUCAAGCUUUGGUUGGUGACAAGACCAUUGCUUUCUGGUUAAUGGAUAAAGAAAUGUAUACUAAUAUGUCUACUUUAACCGAAUUGACUCCUAUCGUCGACAGAGGUUUAUCUUUACAUAAGAUGAUUAGAUUGCUUACUUUUGGUCUUGGUGGUGAAGGAUACCUUAACUUUGAAGGUAAUGAAUUUGGUCAUCCUGAAUGGUUGGAUUUCCCUAGAGUUGGUAAUGGUGAAUCAUACCAUUAUGCUAGAAGACAAUUUAACUUGAUUGACGAUGAUUUAUUGCGUUAUAAGUUUUUGUUUAGAUUUGAUGGUGCUAUGCAACAUCUUGAUGAAAAAUACGGUGUCUUGGAUACCCCACAAGCUUAUGUUUCCUUGAAGCAUGAAGGUGAUAAGGUUGUUGUUUUUGAAAGAAAUGGUUUAUUGUUUAUUUUCAACUUCCAUCCAACCCAAUCCUUCCCAGAUUACAAGGUUGGUGUUGAAGCUGCUGGUACUUACCAAAUAGUUUUGAAUUCUGAUGCUGAAGAAUUUGGUGGUCAUUCAAGAAUUCAAGAACUUGAUGCUAAUGGUAAGCCACAACAAUACUUUACCAAUAAGGAAUACUGGAACCACAGAGCUAACUCUUUGUUUGUUUAUAUUCCUUGCAGAACAGCCAUUGUUUUACAAUUGCAACAAAAGGUUUAAAAUAGUUUUCCAAAAUAGUUUAGACAAAAAAAAAUUUUUUAGAUGACGUUAACUUAGGUGUAGUUGUAUUGUCGAUUCAUUAGUAGGCAUGAAACAAUGUGCUUGUAGCGUG